UCCCGGAGCCGCAGCCCGGUGGGCAGGGCCAUCAUUUCCGUAAUGUUCAUUAGGUUUGGAGGAAGCAGCAUUUCCCGUAGCUCAGCUCCUGUGACGGACUAGAUCGCCUCCGGACCGCUCGCCAUUUUCAUCUGCCAUUUGAGGAAUAGCACACAAAUUUUUCAGUCAUAAGGAAUUUUUUUUUUUUAACCCCACGUCAGAGCUCCAUAAUGAUGGAAAUGGAGGUGAUGCAUUCCGGUCAGCAGGACAUGGACCUGAUCGACAUACUUUGGAAGCAGGACAUUGAUCUUGGUGCCAGGCGUGAAGUGUUUGACUACAACCACCGUCAGAAAGAGCAUGAGCUGCAGAGGCAGCGGGAGCUGGAGGAAGAGAAGAAGCUGCAUUUGCUCCAGGAGAAGGAGAAGGCCCUGCUGGCGCAGCUACAGCUAGACGAGGAGACGGGAGAGUACAUACCUCGAGCCCCAUUGCAGUCCGGCAUCACUCCUCUAGAGGUUACACAGAAUGCCAGUUUCACAGAGACCGGUGACGCCAUGUCAUUCGAUGAAUGUCUGCAGCUGCUGGCAGAGACGUUUCCUGUAGAAGAAACUGAGAACACUUCAGUUUGCCUCGACACACCUGCUGUUUCAGCAGCCAUCGGCAGCAACAUGAUGAUGUCCCCCGAGCAGCCAGCUCCAUCACCUGCCACCCUCUCCCCAGGUCAGCUGCCACCAUCACAGAGAAUGUCUCCAGAUUUGGAGGAGGCCUGGAUGGAACUUUUGUCCCUUCCUGAGCUGCAGCAAUGCCUGAACAUGCAAAUGGAGGACACACUGGACACCACAACUUAUCCCCUUCCAAACAGCCCUGAAAUACAGAAUUCAAACUACUCUUUUUACCCCAUGACCAAUCUCACAGAUGGGAAAGCAGACAAUUUAAAUGUUGGUCCUGCAGAGUUCAUGAAUACGUUGGAUGUCUCCGUUCCCGCUGUGGCUCCAGCUGAUGCUCUCAGCCAGAUGAAGGCGGAAACUCCUCAGCUAAAUGGCAGCCUUGGUGCAGAAAGUUUCUGUGGCAUAUUUUACCAAAACACCAUACUGGAAGAAAGCAGUGAUCAACAUGGGCUUGAUGGAAAUGAAAGUGCUGCCAUGUCCGACAUCCCAAACGAGGCUCCCUUCACUCCCAUGGAUCUGUACACCCUCUCACCUGGAGAUGCCUUUGACAGAGGCAAGCAUAAUGUAACAACAGAACAGCCAGACUCAGAUUCAGGGAUUUCUACAAAUGCAAGCCCAAAUUCAUGUUCACCUUCAAAAUCUGCAUAUGGAAGCGAGUCCUUUAGAUGUAGUGACUCAGAUAUGGAAGAGAUGGACCACAGCCCUGGGAGUGCAGAAUCUGACUACUCUGAGAUGUUUUCAUUAAAUUUCCAACCAGAUGAUGUACAGUCUGCAAUUUCUGUAUGUGUACCAAUGGGGCAGCCAAAAGACCAGGAGAAGAAUCCCAAACAACACGAGGUGGACCCAGCAGAAGACAGCGGCCACAAGAACGCCCCCUUCACCAAAGACAAACUGAAGAAACGCUCUGAUGUGCGUCUCUCCAGAGACGAGCAGAGGGCCAAGGCCCUCAAAAUCCCCUUUACUGUUGACAUGAUUAUCAAUCUGCCUGUUGACGAUUUUAAUGAGUUGAUGUCAAAACACCAACUGAACGAGGCCCAGCUGGCCCUGGUACGCGACAUACGCCGCCGCGGCAAGAACAAGGUGGCCGCCCAGAACUGUCGUAAACGCAAAAUGGAGAACAUAGUGGGUCUGGAGAGUGAUCUGGACUCCCUGAAGGAAGAGAAAGAGCGUCUGCUGAGUGAGAAGAGCGAGAACAUCACAAACCUUAAGGAAAUGAAGCGGCAGCUCAACAGCUUGUACCUGGAGGUGUUUGGCAUGUUGAGAGACGAGAAGGGAAACUCCUACUCCCCAUCAGAUUACUCCCUUCAGCAGUCAACUGACGGCAGCAUCUUUCUUGUUCCCCGCAUUAAAAAGACUUUUAAACGUGAAGACAGCCACUUAUCUUCUUUGUAAUAUGGUACUGCAUUAUCAUAGCAUACUAUGCAAUAACUUUGUAGUUACUCAGCUUUAAGCGUUAAUAGCCCAGCAGAACUAUUGUAUAGUUUUUGCUUCUCUUGAAUGUUGUAAUAUUUUUGAUAUUUUACUUCUUUUGUACUCCGAUACCC